AUGGGUGAUGAAUCUAGUAUCCACUCUGCACCCUCCAACUCCACCACCACGACUCCAACCCUCACUACGAUCAAUGCGAUUGCCCAGUUACCACUAAAACUCACCUCCAAUUUUCUUUCAUGGAGGGCUCAGUUUAAUGCUCUCCUCCUAGGUUAUGACUUAAUAAGUUAUGUUGAUGGCUCAACUCCCUAUCCUGCUGAGUCGUCUACUGUGACUCGCACAUUCUGGAUUCAUCAAGAUCAACUUCUUUUACAUGUCAUUCUGGCCUCUGUCUCUGAUCAAGUCAUCUCUCUCAUUGCAUAUGCCAAAACUUCCAAGCAAGCUUGGGACAAGCUGACUACACUUUAUGCCAACAAAGCUCACGCUCGGGUCCUUGCUCUCAAAGAGCGCCUCACACUUAUGCAUCGUGACACAAAAUCUGUUGUUGAAUUUCUGCAGGCUGUUAAAGCCAUCAUUGAUGAACUUUCUCUCAUUGAUGUUCCUUUGUUCGAUGAUGAUGUCGUUCUCCAUGUCCUCAAUGGUGUGGGUCCUGACUUUAAAGAGAUUGUUGCUGUCAUUCGUGCCCGUGACACCUCCAUCUCCUUCAAGAACCUAUAUGACAAAUUAAUUGAACAUGAAGCCCUCCUCCAACGUGAUGAUUUUGUCCACUCAUCCUCUAUCGUCACUGCCAAUGUUGCCCAAAAUUCCCGCUCAUUCAAUUGUGGCUCACGUCCAUGGAAUUCAUCCAAUGAUCACUCAUCCUCCUCUAACCAUACUUCUCAUCAUGGCAAUCCUCCUCCUUCUCACUCUCGCGGCUAUUCGGGUUCCUUCACAGGCUCCAACAACUCAAACACCAAUCGGUGUUCUAGCACAGGCUAUCGUGGCUUUUGUUAG